AUCCAAGCGCUAGAUUUGGUGUGCCGUAACAAUACCUUUUUAUUUUACCUGUAUCUUUUUGAAGUAUCUGUAUUCACUGGAUGACUACAACUUUGUUUUUCUUACAUGGAGAUAAAUUCAAUUCUGAAAGAUGUUGUGGCCUAUGUCGAAGUCCGCAGUAAUAAUGACAACAGAAGCGCAGCUGUUAGUCAAAAGCUACUACAGCUUGGGGCAACAGUGCAGCCAACAUUUAGCGAUGAUGUGACACAUGUUGUUUUCAAGGAGGGUUUAAAGCGGACAUGGAUCAAGGCUCAGAAACGGAACAUUCCUGUUGUUUCUGUUUCCUGGUUAAACAGCUGUCUGGAGAACAGGAUGCGCAUGUCUGAAAAGGAGUUCCCUGCCUUGUUACCAGAGAUUAAAGACAGUCCACUUCCUUGUUUUAAGCCUGCUCCUAGAUGGAAGAAAAUGAAAUCCAUGCAGCCAUGUGAUUUUGAUGAAGAACUAGCACGCAGUGCAGAGAGAGGAGAGAAACGUCGCAAGCGUGAAUUGAUGGCCAAUAGGUUUAAAUUAGCUGAAGAUUCCACCCCAACCUUGUCCCUUAAUCCUCCAAUCCUAGCUUUGGAAACCCAGGCCAGGUCUCCACAUGUGUCGUCCCUCUUAAACAUAACUUCACCAAUACCUGAUACACCUCCAAGCCUAAAAGACCGCUAUGAAAAAAUGGUGAGAGAGCAGAAGCUAGUACUCAGUUCAGAUGAUGUGGAGUCUCCACUUAUUACUCCUAAAACAUUCAAAGAAAAACCUUUACAAAGACGACUGUUUGAGAAAUUUGCUAGUAUGAGCAGUAGUUCAAUGGAAAGUAGCGAUGAUGACAUGUCCGGGAUUGUUUCUGGGCUUCUCAAAAGACUGGAUUCUAGAAAUAACAGCCCAUCUUGUGUGGACCAAAAUAUCUCAUCUCCCAAAUUAACCCCCAAUUUAACACACGGAGCUAGGGCUAACAUUUCAUCUACCAAUACAAACUCUAAUUUAAUACAAGGGACUAAGCCUCAUCAUUCAUCUCCCAAAUUAAACCCUAAUUUAAUUCAGGGGGUUUCUGCAGAGGAUGAUGACACUGCUGACAGUAUCUGGCAGUGUAAAUUUUGUACCAGCCCUGAAGGUUUUGUUUUGUCGCCUUCUCGUAAAGGGGAGGAGCAACGUUCCCACAGUCCAGUAGCUGGUUGUAAAGCUGACGAGAGAUGGGGCACUGAAAGCCCUAGACCUGUGCUGUCACCCCAGGGCUUCAACAUUGAAACCCCUGAGAUCAACAAAUCUUUGAAAGGUUUGAAUCUUUCUCUCAAGAAGAAAAACAGCCUGUCUGUGGCUAAGCAUCAUGAUGGUGCAUCAACUAACCACAAUGAAAAUGAUGAAAAUUUAAAAGAGUCUGUUAGGGAUGAAACAGUUCCUAAAGAUGCAAGUGUAUCAAAAAUUAAACCACAAGAAAUAGUUCGAGAAAGGAGACAGUCGAGGCGUGUGUCUGUUGUUAGGAAGCUGGACAACUCUGAUUCAAAAGCUACGUCCAGUCUCCCACUAAAGUCAAAUGAAAUCAACUGUCCCACCGCCUCACCACCCCCACAACCAGAUUUUAAACCUAAGGUAACAAAGAAAAGAAACUUGCUGUCAGCUAAACAGCUUGCUGAUGCUCUUUUAGCUCCAAAAGAAACUGAUAAUGAUAAAGCUCAAAAAACAACAGAAAUCGAUGCUAGUAAAAAUACAAGUGGUAAACCUCAAGGCAAUGUUAAAAAACACAGAAAAAGUGCCAAAGCUGAUGCAGAUUUUCUGUUUGGGUUAACUGAGACUAAAAGUGCAGCAACCAAAGUUCAGGAAAGACGGAGAAGUCAGAGGUUAAGCUCAGUGCAGCCUGCCACACCUACCAAACACUGUGAUGGUCCUACUGAACUCCCAGCUACUACUGCAGCAGAGAAAGCUAACUCUAAAACCAGGAAGUUGUCCCAUCCCCAUACCACUAGUGUGUCAUGUGAUCAGUCUGCCACACCUACCAAACACUCUGAUCCUGCAGAAACCAGUACCUCUACCACAGCAGAGAAAAACAACGCUAAAACCCGCAAGUUUUCCCGUCCACAUACCACAAGUGUAUCAUGUGAUCAGUCUGCUACAUUAAACGAUUUAUCAAAAAAUGAUACAUUAGGCACGUCCAUGUCGGUCAUGUACGAUAAUGAAACUUCAGUGCGAGGUAAAAGAAAAUCAGUUUCUUCAAGGCGAAGCAUUGAUGACUUUUCUCUGAGUAAAACUGAUAAGUUUAAACACCAGCACAAGCCUGUGUUAAAGGGAAUAACAGAACAAGAUUUAGUGACAGAAAAUACUUCCACUACUUCCAAGACAAAACCAACACACAGUAAAGCUUACCUAAAAAGAAACAGAUCUACAAGUUCAUCUGAUGCAUGCCGUGAGUCAAAGCCUUCUUUCAAGAAGUCAAAAGGUAAACAGUCCACCUCCAGCGAAGAUGGCAACAACAGUCAGUUGUCUGAUAGCCACAUGUCUGAUGAGGCUCCGGCUAGUCUGCGACAUGCACGCUCACUGGUGAUGGAGCAGUCCAUGAUAACUGGCCUCAAGAGUCAAUACUCACUUGUGUUGACCAGUCUUCAUAGAGGGGAACAAGAAUUGGUAUAUUCCGUAGUGAAAAAGUUGGGUGCCUUUCAAAUGACAAACAAUGUUGAUGCUACAACCACCCAUGUUGUGUGUGGGGAUGCUAGGAGGACUUUGAAUGUCAUACACUGUGUGGCCAGAGGCUGCUGGCUACUGAGGAAAGAAUGGGUUCUUGAAUCUCUAGAGGCUAGAGAGUGGCUGCUAGAAGAAAAUUAUGAAAUGGAACAAGAGUUUCCUGCAGCUAAGAUAUCUCGGUGUGAACGUCAAGCAAUAGGUGCAGGCUACAAGCUGGGGAUAUUUACGAAAACAGGGCCUGUGUAUGUUUCAAAGGACUCAACACCAGCCAGACAGGAACUGGUCCAGCUAAUUAGACUUUGUGGUGGUCAGGUAACUGGGUCAAAGUCACGAGCAUUUGUUUUUGUUGGGGACAAGCACAGUCCUGACAGAGUGGUCAUCAGGCCUACCUGGAUUUUAGAUAGCAUAAUGAAGCUGAAGCUGUUAGACAUGACAGACUACAUUGUGACACCACCACCAUCUUCACUGAGAGAAACAAGUCCAGAGUUCUAAACUAUUGAGUGGUACUGGUGGACAAUUGUUUACUGAAUUAUGACUGUGUUACAGGGAAAUGCCUUCACAAUUUGUUUUAAAGAUAAUUUAAAUGAUGAAUAUGUUAUAAAAAUGGAACAAUCUAGUAUGUCUACAGAUGUAGCUACAUUUAUUUUACUAUUUUAUAAUUAUCCAUUUGUAAAAAAAAUGGUUUUAUACAUUUUUUAAUCAUUUAGCUGAAUGUGAACACAUUCUUCCAAGAACAAAUAAUAAUUCUGGUAUUAUGCUUGUUAUACACAUCUACUUAAGAUUUACAUUACACAUUAUAGUCAUGAUACACUAUCUUUUACGUCCAAAGGUGCUAAGUUGAAGUCUGUAGUGCUGAGACCUACACCAUCUCAUAAAGAUUCUUAUGUCUGUGUAGUGCUAUGACCUAAACCACCUCAUGUGUUCACAAUGUUAUGUCUAUGAUGCAAUGAUCCACACCACCUCAAGAUUUAUAUCGUUGUAUCACAAUGUUCAGUAUACAAAAAUAUGUUCUAUAAACCAGUGUGUUCAAUAUACAAAAAGAUACUGUUCUAUAAACCACCGGAAGUUCAUACCUUGUCUUUCUAACAUCCUAAAUAUAUUUUUGUGAUGUCAGUGUCACCUUCCUUAUUCUUGAAAUGUCAUGCUUUAGAUUUUACGAUUAAAUUAUUUAUUUUGCAUUUACUGGUUUGUAUGUUUUGGAAAGUGCCUUGGUAAGUUGAUAUUAAAAUACACAGAAGUAUUAAAAAUACAUGAAACAGUAAACGACUACAUGUUAUGAUGUUAUAGCUAGAACAAAGAAAAACAAAUCUGUUAUUUAUGGAAAUAGUUUACAUUUUACUUGUUUCUAAGAUUUCAUUUGAAUAUAAUGGUUAACCAAUGUUCAUGAUUGCUUGUUAUUAAUGCUUAUAUUAGUGACAUCUCAUCUAGUGUUUUAUUUUAUAUUUUAAUGACGCUGUCAAUUUUCUAAAAGUUUGAAAUAAGCAGAGAUUGUUGGUGAAAUCUGAUUAGUCCUCUCUUUGCCAUUCAAUUACUUGCUUUGUUUCACCUAGUCAACAACUAUUUGAAAUAUGCAAAUUUAUUUUCACUGUCUUAGGUAAACUUGAAAGUCUUAAAGUCUUAACUCAAACAAUGAUUUGACUGUGAAUUUGAUGAUUUUUUAAUACCUUUGUAUGAUCUGAAUUUUAAUAAUUAAUUUUUUUUUUUUUUUGUGAAAACAUUUUUGUG